UCGAUACUGCAGAAAUAUAGUAAGCACUUGCGCACAAUAGUUAGUAGUCAGUGUGGCUAGAUGGCAGAGUACACGACUUUCAGCAGUUAGUAGUCAGCCACAGUGGCUGCAGUAGAUCAUGGGAAGUGCUGUGUAAUUUCAUGUUGUAGUACCAGUCCGAGGAAAAGAUUGCGUCUGGUUGAUAGUUUAAACAUUAACAGACCAUCGGAUAUCAAAAGAAGACCAAACGUACUCGAUAUCCUGCAUACAGUAUCACUAAAAACAGACGCCAAUGAUGUUUUAACAGAAUAUUACAUAUCUUAUCGAAUCAGUACUAAAAUGUAUGAACAUGUGGGCAAUGUGAAGCGAUAAUAUAACAACAAAAUGAUCGAUUGAUAAUUCUUUGGUACAACGUAUGAAAUAUUUGGCACCACAUAUGGGGAAAACAAAGAGGCUACCGAGACCAUUUAUAAAAAUCAAGCGUCUUUCGAGAAGGAAGAAAAUUAUUUUGAGUUGUGAAGUUAAGAAAUGUGUACGCUGGAAGAGAGAACGGGACAAAAUGCCCGCUAUUUCGGAGGCUACAAUAAAUUUUAAUACGCUAAAAAUUGUGGCAGACCCGCAAAUGGACAUAGAUUACAUACGAAGUAUAUCGUUGAUGUCAAUUUACGAUCGUAAUUAUAGAGGCCCCGUACAAGAAAGCACUUCCGAGGAUCCCGUGCAUAUCAGAUCCGUUGUGAUGCAUAACUUGAGUAAUUUAAGCAUCGACGAAAAUGAAGGCACUUACAAUGCAAAUACGCCACAGCAGGACAUCGGAUCCGAAAUUUUACAGAAGACUUCUUUUCUCCGCAUAAGCGAUAUUAAUGAACCAAAUAUAUACGAUAGAAUAAGAAAUAUUGUUGUGUAAUAAAAUGUAAAAAGUAAACCUAUAAAAUAGCUUUUACAGAUUUGCAGAUUAAGCAUUGCCUGUGCAUAAAUAAUUUAUUUAUAUAAACUAGGUACAAUAUACAUAUAAUAGAUAUAUAAAAUAGAUGUAAUA